AUGUCAUCAAUUACAAUUAUACCACAACCAACAACAUAUGCAACAACAACAGCAAAUAAUUUACCAAAUAUUAAUUUACCACCAAUGCGUCCAUUAUAUUUACAACCAUACGCUCCUCAACAACAACAACCACCAACUUACCAUCAUCUUAAACAACAAAUUCAGCCUAAGCCUAUGUUAUAUGGAUCCAAUCAUCGAAAGCAAAAUUAUCUACACAAAUUUCAAACAGGUACGACUACUACAUUUAAUGGAUAUACUAACUUUUCAGGUACACGUACAACUAAUUUACCACCACCACCACCACCACGUCGAAAUUUACCACCUCCACCACCACCACGUACAAUAUAUCAUCAUAAUCCUUAUCAUAAUAAUUAUAAUAAUCGUUAUUACCAUCAUCGUCAUCAUUAUAAUAAUAAUUUUAAUAAUACCCAAAAUUUACCAUCAUUACUUGAUUUAAAUCCCUUCCAUUUACCAUCACGUCAUAAUACACGUACAUUUACCACUGCCCAACAUUAUCAUCCUAAUCAUCAUCAACAACAUUAUCCCCGUUCAUUAUCACGAUCCCGUUUUCAUGUUUUAUCCCAAUUACCAUCAAAAUCACGGUCCCGUUCACGUUCUUACCAACGUCCAUUACCACCACCAAUUAAGCCCCGUCGUAUUCAUCAUCAACAACAACAACAACAAUUUAAUCGCCACCGAUACCAACAACAACAACAACGUCCUACCAUACCACCAUACAACAAUACCAAUAAUAAUAUUAAUAAUAAUAAUAAUAAUUACAAUGGAAUUAAACGUACUUUACAAGGCAUUAUAUUAUCUGAUUCUAUGUGUUCAAGAUUACGUACAUAUGCCAUUAGAAAAUUACCAUUAUAUGAUAUUGAAUUAAGUUAUGAAUCAGGUUGUGAUGAAUACGACGGGGCUUAA